UUUCUCUCCCACUCUUUCGCACACAUCUUUGCUCUUCUCCGGAUCCCGCUCGUCUGGAUGAGGAUGGUAGCUGCAACUAAGCUGGCUGCCAGACUCGCGUUUGUCUUACGCCACAGAAGAACGAGGCCUCGGUAUAGACACGAGAGCGUCCGUCAGCUGGUAGUUAGAGCCGCUGUGUUGGGCUCUUUGACAUGUGAUCCGUACGGAUGAGUGGGAAGCGGCCGCUGGAAUGUUCCCUGUCCUUUUGCAGCACUGAUGAUUCACGCUGGCUCGUAUUGCGCUGGAUUUUCCUCUGUGUGUUUGUACGUCUGCGAGGUUUGUUUUGGUCCCCUGACAACCGAAGUCUCUAGUCCCACAGAGAUGAUGAUGAUGAUGAAGAAGGAACACAAGGACGCGGAGCUGGAUAAAAAGAUCGAGGCCUUACGGAAGAAAAACGAAGCACUUAUGAAACGCUACCAGGAAGUGGAGGAGGAUAAAAAGCGGGCGGAACAGGAAGGGAUGCUGCUCCACAGCAGGAAGGGAAAAGCUGAUGAUCUGACCAUCACCAUCAACAAAUCCUCCAACGAUCAGCGUGUGGUGACCAAGCGCUCAGGGCCCGGAGGACUGAGGGACGGAGAGCAGGAGAAGGAUCCGGGAUCGAGCGUCUUCAGCAUCGGGAGAGGAAAGAGACGGCAGCUGCUCGUCACAACAUCAGGAAACAUCAAGGUGAGACUGAAUCAAGCUUCCUCUUGUCCUCUGACUUAAAAGUUGAGUGAACAAAAGUUA